AUGUGCUAUAGCAGGGACUUCAUUGCACAGAAGUUCAUCCUUCCCAAAGGAGAUUACCUCCUGUUAUGCGGUUAUAGAAGCUCGCAAGAAGGGAUGGUGUGCCGCCUUGUUCCUUACUAUCUUUAUGACCAGGCAGUUGAACCUCUGAAAGAAUUUUUCAUUGAUACACAUCGAAUAAUUCUUUGUCUUACGGGAGAUGUACGGCUUUAUACCGGCGGUCAUCCGUUUGUCUUCGGCUCCACUAUGACAUUCCUUCUCUAUAGAGACAAUCCGUUGUCUAUGGUCCACUAUAUCAAUUAUACACUACAAAUUGACAUAGGCAGUGCAUUGCAGGACAACGAGCGGUACAUCACUCCAAAGUAUGCCCGCAUGAGAACAUUUACGUUGCCACAACAUCCCGAGUGGAUUCCAUGGUUCAGCUCUAUUCCCAAUCUCUUCAACACAGGACGGUUUGUUCUACUCUGGGAAGAGCCGAAACGGAACUAUUCACGAAGGCGUAAAGGAAGAACCACUGUAUUUUUACUCGAUCUACGAACUACAAAUAUGCACGUGAUUCACACAUCUUUACUCAAGAAGGAUUUCGUAUGCAUACACCCAAGUGGAGCAGUGCACACCUUCAUUCAAACGAUAUCCGGAAUGAAGAUGAAGACGGAUAACCUGCGUUUCCGAGUUCAAUCGCUGGAAAAACUUUGUCAACAAGAACUCAUCCGAUCCACUUCCAAGGACACCCACGCCCUCCUCAAACUUUCUUGUUUUACUUUCUCUAGGAACUUGUACAGUUAUUAUUAG